AUGUGUGAUUGGGAUUUCAUGAUGGUUAUACUAAUUUAGCCAUACAUUUCUUUUCAAGGAAUUUUCUCCAACAAGGAAGCGGACCUCUGUCCAGAUGAUUGAAGCUGGAGUAGGUGUAAAUAACAGUGGUACAGCCCAGAAGGUAUCUCCCAAUGCAUCCAAUGUCACACUUCCAGAGGCUUCAGCAACUAUGGUUAGACCUCAAGAGGUCAAGCAAGAAAACUGUAUUCAGCACGAGGAUGAAUUGAGAAAGGAAAGAAAGAAGCAGGCUAAUAGGGAGUCAGCUAAGAGGUCAAGAUUACGCAAGCAGGAAGAAUGUAACAAACUACAGGCAGUGGCAAGGACAUUAAAAUCGGACAUUUCCAUCCUCUGUGACAAGUUAGUGAGACUUUCCGAGAAAUGUAUGGAGUUUGAAAGAGAAAACAAGUCAAUAACGGAAGAGCUAAUUCAGACAUAUGGGCUAGGUGCAAUUUCCGACCUUAAAGUCAAGUAUCCUGACUUUUUUCAACAAUAUCUUGAUGACAAAAGGAACAGCAAUGACACAGAAAUUCAAAGCACCAUCAGCAUGAAAGAAGAAACUACAAGUGAGGAUACGACAUCUCCUAAUCAGAAUACAGAACAUUAAACCCUUGAGGCUAACUCUUAAUAUCUCUGUCACCAUUCCUAGUCUAGAAUGCUAGACCUUUUGUUUUCCAUCUUUCCCUCUCUCGGCCAAAAUGUUAAAACCCCCAAUUGUUUCUACUUAAUGGCUUUCAUUAUUUCAUAGGAGAGUUCUGUUUAGGUAUAUAUCCAUUCUUGGUGUUUAAACAUGUGUGGUACAAUAAUGCAGAAGUUAAAAUCUGCAAGAGAAGGAAGCGUAGAGGUCAAUAAUAUUCUUAUUGUUGCUAUAUUA